AUGGCCAGCGAAAGGCGAGUAACGCGCUCGCACGCGCAGCAAAAACAAAUCCGCGCGGAUCCGAUACCAGAGUGCGAGACACAAGCACAAGGUGUGUCACUUUCCGACAGAGCUCCGCUUAAGCGAGGCAUUCAAGACGCUACAAGUAAUUCCCACAGCUCCGACAAGUCCCAGCCUGCUUGGCACUCUCCCGUUUACGACGCAAUGAUGCCUGAACUAGACGUUAAGGAGAUUCCUGGGAAGAACAACGGUAGUGCUAUCGCAGCAGCGCUCGAUACGAUCAUGGCAGAAUGGGGAGUUGUGAAGGAGUUCUGCUGCCGGACGGAGUGA